AACUAGAAGAAAGACUUGCAACUGAAGCAAUCAAUAGUACUUUUAUAAAUUGGAAAAUGUCACAAUAUCUUUCUAAAAGCAAUCAAAAUAUUAAUAGUAUUUUUAAGCCUAUUGAUGAUAUCAUUAAAACUUUUUAA